AACCCAGAUAUUCCGCCGUUGCUGGGUCACGGCCUUUUCGCAUCAGAAAAUCAUCGCCAAUGGCGCUGCUAUGUGGAAUGCCAUCUGACACGGUCAAAGGUAUUUCUUUGUCCCUUCCCUCUGCGCGCCAAAGGCAUAACAGCACUUCGGCGGCUACUACACAGACGCUCGUUUUCUCGACUUUUCUUUACUGCAUCGUGCAGAAAAUACAGUGCGAUUGUGCGCGCCGUGUCCGAUAGAAACAUCCCGAACAAGCUUCUCCUCGACCUCCACCGGGCAGCUGGCUGUGUGUCCCCUCAAGGCAGCGGACUCCCAAUACCGACGCCACAAUGGCUCCUCUUAUCCUCCACAACGUUCCCGACGAGGAACUAUACAUUGGCGAUGAUGGUGUCAAGAGGCCCUACGCCAUGGUUUUCCCACAACAGGAAGGCCUUUCCGGCGUGAGAAAUCGCCGCGGCGUCGCCGAGACAGGAUCCUUUGGCAAAUCGACGCGCCGAUCGCGUUCACGGACAGGAACCCCCGCCGGCCGCCGCGAGAACCCGACGGUAGCGGCCGCCGACAAGAUCUUUGGCGACUGGAUCUCCUCUCAUGCCACCAACAGCAAUAACAAUAACAACAUGGCCGCCUCGACGAACACGGGCGCCGGCCCGAACUCUGCCGGCACCGGCGCCGCCCCGCAGCGCAAGACCUCGGGCCUCGCCCAGGCGCCCCUCCUGGCCUCCGCGGCCGACGACACGCCCGCGGCCGCCGAGCCCCGGGUCACCCGCCACGUUCCCACCGAGGUCAUCCUACGCGGCUACCGGUCGCCGUCGCAGCAGUACGCCGCCAUCUCGCACUACGAGCAGCUCGCCGGGCUCAUCUGCGAGGACUACCCUCGCGAGCCGCCCCUCGAGCAGCGCCGCUACAAGUCAGAGCUGCGCGACCCUGCCUUCACCCGCCGCAGAGGCCUUACGGGUGAGGAGCGUGCAAAGGUCAACCGCGCCGAUGGAGGCGACCACUGGGUCAAGGUCACGUUCGAGUCGGCGGAUGCUGCCGACGCCGCGGUCUACGCCAGUCCCCAGCGUGUGUUGGGCUACCUUGUCUACGCCGAGCCGUACCACGGCCACCCUCCCGCUCGCGACGAGCCCAUCCCAGACGUCGACUCCCUCGUCGCCGCCAAUGAGGACUACGGCCGCUCGCAGUCCGUCCCGGCAGGCAGCUUUGGCAACCACAGAACGCCGCGCGGCAAGCACCACCGCACGGCCAGCAAGAGCGGCGGGGGCAACCCCUUCUCCCUCCCCAAUCAGCGCUCCAUGAGCGACCUCUCGCCGCCGACGUCCCUCACUUCCUCCAACACGAUCGAUACGGCCACCAUCUCGAACAUGACCAGCUCGUCGGCGACUGUCACCGAGUCGCAGCCGGCCCUGAUGCAGGUCGAAGACAGCCUGUUCUGCCGGCGCAUCCCCACGGCGCGCAGGGCCAAGCUCCUCCCCGCCGAGCAGGCGCUGCUGCCGCAGCAGAGCUACACCCAACGGCUCGUCAACAUGGUGCCCUUUCUCAAGUGGUUCAGCGGCUCCAUGAUCGGCAACGAGGUCCCGCGCACCGACAACGGCGACUUUGACUGGAACCGCGCCAGCCUGUACUGGAAGAUCAUCUGGUGGCUGGACGCGACCUUUGGGCUGUUUGGGGGCGAGAUCCUGAGCGCCGACAAGGACGACUAGGACAAAAAGAGCUUGUAACCCAGGCCUUUUGUUUCGUUUUGUAGUCAAGGGGGUUUUUUUUUCUGGGGAUCGAUCGGAAUAGGCGUUUGGAGGGGAAAAGCGCUUUAUUUUAUUAUGUCCGUACGAAUACCACACGCAUACUACUUCAUUUUUCAUAGACGCCGAGUGGGGGGCCGGCGGCGGUUGUUUAACAUCAGACGCAGAAGUGUCGGGGACGCAGAAGAGAGCAAAGGAGAGAGAAAGAAAAAAAAAGGGGGGGGGAGGGGG